UAAAGCGAUGAACUUGUCGUGAUCGUGGGCCAUCUUGUCUUGACGUUAGUUUUUAGUUGGUCGUGGUUCAAAGUGCAGUGAUGAUGUGGUGUGCUGUUGAUUUACUGUUUGUUUCACUGACUUACGCCCUUGUGUGUGUAUCUGUGAGUGGUUCUGAACAUUUGGAGAGGACUAGCGACAUCGUAGCCGUCGACAACUCCUUGGAUAACCGAGAUAAAGAUCCCACAUCACUGACAGGUCGCUCAUGGAAGACCAACCCUCUGACAGGGCCAGUGGGGCGGAGCUCGGCGAGGCUACGACACUCCAGACACCUGCUGGGCCGAGGAGGCGCUCCCCACCUGCCCACCCCAGAGGCUCUCCUCGGCAGCCCCUUCGCCGACCUCUCGGGGACAAGUAUCUACAGCAUGGGAGGAAGCGGUGUGCAAGUAGACAACCACAAACCUGUGUUCACAAACUGUUUAGAAUAUCAACCCUCUGUCAAAGAAGAAGAGCCAACGGGGACUCCUGUGCUUACGGUGAAAGCAAAAGACAGAGAUCCACCAGAAAGUGGAGGUAACAUUACCUACACGUUAAUAUCAACAUCUGUUGGACAAAACAAGUUUAAAAUCAAUCCCGUAACAGGAGAAAUUAGCACGGCAGUGAUGUUAGACAGAGAUGAACCGUCUAGAGAGAAAGAGGUUUACCUGAGUGUGAGGGCUACGGACAACGGCCGACCAGAACUGGAUGAUGUCUGCACCAUUAAAGUCACCAUAGAAGACAUCAAUGACAAUCCACCAGUCUUUGAUAAAGUGAACUACGUAGAGUCAGUGCCUAAGGAUCUGGUGCCUGGUCAUGUGGUGAUGAAGAUAUCAGCCACAGACAUUGACGACGGCAACAACAGCAAGGUCUUUUACGAUCUGCAAGCCAAGAAGCCCGAGGAAGCAAAUUAUUUUCAUAUUGAGAACAACACUGGAGUCAUAAUUCUCAACCGAGAUAUUGAUAAAGACCCCGGGUACCAUUUCCUGAUGAGAGCCACUGCCACAGAUCAAGGAGAGAUCCCCAACUCCGCCACUAUAGACCUAGAGAUCUCUGUGGUAGAGUCCCACAAGAAAGCUCCACAGUUCACCUACACUCCUCAGUCUCCCAUUAUACUCAAAGAGAACAUCUCCGACUUCAGCUACAACAUUGCCAAGCUCCAGGCCAAAUCCAACACAGAUGAGAAAGCGCCAGUGUUUGAGUUGGUUCACGGCCGCACAGACCAGACCAACAAGGACAGCACCUUUCUGCUAGAGACAGCUGGGGACGGCACCACAGCCUACAUCAGAUUGGGCAAGAACCUGGACUAUGAGAGCAUUACUGAGUACACUCUCACUGUUAGAAUACAGAACAAGUACAACUUGGCCUCAGAAACAGUUAUUAAUAUACAACUAGAGGAUGUGAAUGAUCGGACUCCAACAUUCACGGAGGUUGUCAGUGGAAGUGUAUCUGAGAAUGAACCUCCAGGUACACCGGUCAUGCAGGUGCGAGCCAUCGAUGGUGAUGGAACCUCAGCCAACAACCAGGUUAUGUACGAGCUAGUGGACAACACGGAUGUGUUUACGAUUGACCCGUAUACUGGAAACAUCACCACUCUGGUCACGUUUGACAGGGAGGAGCGAGCCUCAUACAAUGUCAAGGUGAUUGCUAUUGACAACUCUCCCUCGGCCAACAAAGUUAAUGGAGAACCAAACAAAGGCCAGCAAACAUUCAGGAUAGAGAUAGCUGACAAGAAUGAUCAUGCGCCCAAGUUCAACAAGGAGAGAUAUGUUGCGGAGGCCAUGCCUGAGGAUGCCAACAUCAAUCACCUAGUCACACAGGUUGAGGCUCAAGACAAAGACUCUGAAUCUUCUGUCACAUACAGCAUUAUUGAUGGUAACACUGGCAAUGCUUUCUUGAUUGAGCCUAAGACUGGUAAAAUAAGAGUCAACAGCCCUCUGGAUUAUGAAAAUACCACUAGUUAUACACUGAAGGUUCGAGCGUUUGAUGGAGUUUAUGAGGAUCAAGCCUAUGUUGAUAUCAAGAUUGAGAACGUCAAUGACAACCCUCCAAAGUUUCUACCUUACGUUAACAAUAUCACUAUAGAGGAGGAGAAGAUGAAGGAAGGGUGCAUAAUGACUCUCAAAGCCUAUGACCCUGAUAUACCAGACAGGGACGCUCCUCAACACAUUGUCUACAAUGUUGUCAAUAAGCAGGACCAACAAAACUACCUAACUAUCAACAACAAUGGCUGUCUCUCUCUGUUGAAGCCCUUGGACAGAGACCCACCCAAUGGGUUUGCAGUCUGGCAAGUCCGUAUAAGGGCCAAUGACGAGGACGGCACUCGGCAGUCAUCAUUGCAGGAGACUACAGAAGUGAUCAUCACCCUAGAGGACAUCAAUGACAAUGAGCCCUACUUGGACAUGCCUGGCCCAGUGGUGUGGAAGGAGAACCAACUCCCCGGCACCAUCACCACCCUCUCUGCCAAGGACAACGACGGGCCUGACAACGGGCCUCCCUUCAAAUACACCAUAGCCAACUCCGCUAACUCAGAGAUACGAUCAAAGUUUGGCGUGUCUGGAAACCAACUAUCAGCUCUAGUGACUUUUGAUCGAGAAGAAAAGAAGAGUUACCAAGUUCAGAUCGCUAUAACAGACAGUGGACAGCCAACCCAGACAGGCACAAGCACACUGACCGUUGUCAUUGGGGAUGAAAACGACAACCCUAUGAAGAAGGGGUCUAGUGACAUCUUUGUUUACAAUUACAAAGGAGAAGCACCAGACACUGAGAUAGGCAGAGUGUAUGUGGAGGACCUGGAUGACUGGGACUUGCCAGACAAGAGCUUCCAGUGGGAAGACAAAAACCACACCAACUACUUCGACCUCAACGAUGCCACAGGCAUGAUCACGAUGUUGCAAGGCACACCGGCUGACUCCUACCUGCUCACCUUCCUGGUAACAGAAGAAGCCAAAAAGAUCCCCAGACACACAGUCACUGCCACAGUGAAUGUGACAGUCAAGGAGAUACCCGAGGAGGCUGUGGAUAAGUCUGGCUCCAUCAGGUUUGCUGGCAUCACUGCUGAGGAGUUCAUCACACCUGACUCACAUGACAUGAGCAAGAAGAUGAUACUUCAGGCUAAACUGGCCCAUCUGCUCAACACCAGCUUAGACAACGUAGAUGUGUUUACUGUGCUGCACUCUCCUCACAAUACUAACCAGACACAGCUGGACGUCAGAUUCUCAGCUCACGGCUCUCCCUACUACUCUCCUGAGAAGAUCAAUGCGGCAAUUGACGAACAUAGGAGAGAGUUAGAGAAGGCCCUGGGAGUCAGCAUGUUGAUGGUGAACAUAGACGAGUGUCUGGUAGAGAAGCUGUACUGCACAGAGCCGUCGUGUACCAACUUCCUCAACAAGAGCAAGGUGCCGAGUGCAGUGUACACCAACACCACCUCCUUUGUUGGAGUCAGGGCUGUGGUGGAUCCUCUCUGUAUAUGUGAUGUGACACAGAAGAUGGUCUGCUACAAUGGUGGCACUCCAGUUGGAGACAGGUGUGAGUGUGCCAAAGGGUUUGAAGGACCUCACUGUGAGACUGUGGGGAUCGGCUUCAAGGGUGAUGGCUGGGCGUUGUAUCCUCCCUUCGCCUCUUGUGUGGACUCUCACCUCUCUCUGCAUCUCCGGACCCACAAACCCGAGGGUCUGGUUUUCUACAUCGGACCCACCAACUCCGACUCCUUGAGAAUGCUUGGUGUACAAGAUUUCAUGUCUCUGGAGUUGAGGGAUGGCUACCCUGUAUUGCUGGUAGACUUUGGCUCUGGGACUGUUAAACAAGAGCAGCGCCAGUUCAAACUGUCCGACGAUAACACUCACCGAAUUGACAUUUACUGGAGCAAAUCUUCGAUCGAGCUACAGGUGGAUAACUGCAAGCUACAGUCAUGUCUAGCGAUGGGACCUCCCAUACCUCCCAAUGAGCUGCUCAAUGUCAACGGGCCACUACAGGUGGGAGGUACCUUCAUGAAGCUGGCUGCUGUGGCUGAAGGCAUGAACUGGAACUACAAACCUCAUGACGAGGGCUUCAGUGGCUGCGUGUACAACCUCACCUUUAACGGCAAGCUGUACAACCUGGGAGACCCAAGCCUCUCAAAGAACACAGACAUCGGUUGCAACAGUGCAAACUCAAUGGCAAUUACUUUUGGCAUAGAUAGAAGUUUCCUCUUAGCCAUAUUAAUUUGUCUAGCUGUUCUUACAAUUCUGCUGCUAGCAGUCGUGGUCCACCGCAGGAAUACUGACGAUCUGCUUAAGGAACAUGAUGACACUAGAGAGAACAUCAUCAACUAUGAGGAAGAAGGAGGUGGUGAAGGAGACAUGACAGGUUAUGACCUGAAUGUGCUGCGUCUCCAGUAUGACCAUCCUUACAGUGAGAAACAGUUGCCUACAGACACACAUCUCAUACGUAGAGGAGGUCCAGAUGAUGUCCCAGACAUCUGUGGAUUCCUUGAUGGCAAGAAGCAGUCCGUGGAUAACGACCCUGAAACAAAUCCUUUCGACGAUGUUAGACACUAUGCGUACGAAGGAGAUGGUAACACGACAGGGUCACUUUCAUCAUUAGCAUCAGGUACAGACGAAGGUGACCUCAACUUUGACUACUUGUCCAACUUCGGCCCAAGGUUCCGCAAGUUGGCAGACAUGUACGGGGAAGAUCCUAGUGAUGAAGAGGAAGACAACUUUCACAACGCAGCAUCAGAGUCGUGGUGUUGAGGUUAGGCUUCGGCCUCGCGUGCCAUUUCCCUCCAGCCACCGUGUGGCUCUUAGGCGAUAUUUUUUAUAAACUGUGCACAAACAUCGAAAACGCGUUUUCCCAAGUGUUCAUUACGGUCGUUUAUGUGUACUUAUUAAUUAAACAUUCCUCUGUUACCCGGAGUUCGAUCAUGUACUUAAUGUGCUUUAUGAUGCAGUUCGACGAAAACACAUUCCUUUUUUAUUUGAUGUGACUUGAACGCGUCUAGAGUUUUUAAGGCAAUAUUUUUAUUAUAUAUGUGGAUUUCUAAUGAAAUACCAAAGAUAUUUUUUGGUAAAGUCACUUUCUCGAUUAUGUUCUUUUUAAUGAACAUAACUCUGUGAUUAAAUGUAGAAACUAUGUGACUGAUGUUUUUAUUGCGAUCUUUGAGCUCUCAGAACUGAGUUAAGAGCUGAGAAGUGAUGUUGUUAUCACUCUAGUGUUAAAUAUAAGAAAGUAUUUAGUAUUCAUUACUACCGUAUUUCUGUUACUUGAUUAAUUAUGUACAUUACUUCAUCAUAUAUUUUCUUAGUUUUGAUGGUUAUAAUAAUUAUUUUUGUUAAACUACUGUAUAAAUAGGGAGUUAUAAUUGUUGUUUUACCUUUUCUCAAAUUUAUAUCUGAAAUGUGACUGAUUAAUGUUAGAUUUAUAUUGUCACAUAUGUUCCUACAUGUCAAAAACCAUUAUUGUUUCAUGAAAGAAAAUAUUAGAUUAAAUUGAAAGUGAUAUGCUUUUUAGACCCUACUCAAUUUAAAGAUUGUAAAAAUGUAAAUAGACCUUCGGACUAAGUAGUAGUGUUUAAGUAAACAAUUUUUUUUUUGUUUUAUCUCUAUAAUAACAGUUUAUUUGUAGAUUCAACCCGUAACUUCAGAAUUUUAGUUUUAUCUAAGUGCAAUUACAAAAGGGAAAUGAUAAUAACUUGUUUGUUUGUGAAUGUGUCAAAGUCUCUCGAACAUACAUCUUUCGUUUUGAUACCAAAUUUAGAUCUAGCCUCUAUGACUAAUCUCCAAGUGUAUCCUAGUUUUUACUAAGUUAACAAAAUACUGAUUUAACACGUUCGCUGCUGCGUGGUUGUAAUCAGCCGUUCCCAUGAUUUAACCAUAGACUAACCAACACAAGUAGACUUCUCAUCCCAUUGUAAAUUUUGAAGCACGUUUUUCGUGUCUAGUUCAUGUACGUGACACAAAGGCGCUAGUGUCGACGAAACUUUGUUUCUAUUAUUUUAGUGUUAAUUUCUUGAUUUGUGCUUUACUGUUUGGUUAUAUAACUAGGGGACAAAUUAUUGUUUAUGAUUAGAUGGUAUUAUUUGGUUAAACCAGGUUUUAAAUGGCUGUAAUAACGGGAAACAAAUUGUAAACAAAACACGACCUCUACAUAAACCGUACAGAACUAACAAUAAAAUUGUCUUCAGCUGUUCCAUAAGGAUGAGAAAUCUACUAAGGGAGUAUGUUUUAUCUAUGAUUUAACUUAGUGAGCUCAGCCAUUUACGCGGAACGUUAUGAUCGUUGCCAGCCAUUAGCUUUGAAUGCAAGCUUUAUAUAGGUGUAGGUUGGUACUAAAAUUUCCCGUAAAAUCCCAUCUUGCAAUGCUUUUGUCCUGGUUUCGAAUAUUUUCUCUCUUCGAGCCACAUUACAAAGAAACCAGGCUACGGAUCCAGCCAGUGCUGCUACCCUUGGGUGUUUCAGUGAACUACGUCCACUCUGGGGGUAAUGCAGCACAAUAACCCCCCCCCCCCCUUUUGUGAUUUUUCAGACUGAAAUAUUUGAAUGCCAAUUGCAUUCGCUGAUUCGGCCUUUCCGGCCCAUUGGCAAGCGCCUGUAUGAUGUAUGCUGCAGUGAGCGUGUUAAAAAGUGUUAAUGUGACCCAAAUACAUAAAAACUAUAAAGUAAGGUGAAUUUUCUUUUUUUUCCAAAGAAAAGUGUUGGCAUUUCUGAUUGUAUAGACAUAACGCAUGCUUAUUUUCUUUAUUUAUCUUAAUUUCAAUGUAUUAAAAUACAACAAGGAGACUUUGAUUCAGAUUGCAUUUGUAUUAUAUUAACAUAUUUGGUGAACAAUUUAUUUUUAAUAUUUGCUUUAUACAAUAUAUAUAUAUAUCAUUCUUAUUUCUUCAUGUUAUGUUUUAAAAAGUUUAUCAUUAUUUUCUAUAUGAACAAAUCUAUACACUAUAUAGCCCUUUAGAAUGAGUAUUCAUAAAAUAUGACUUUACCAUUGAUGGUGUGGGCCUAUUAAUUAAAUUUUAACUUGGUUCCAGGGAAACUAAUGAUGGAGAUUGCUUGGUGUUUGUUUGCCUCUAUGUAGCUUACUACUCUAACCAGAUGUAGAUUUCUGAAUUUAACCCAGUAUUUAACUGUGCUUGAUAUCGAGGAGGGAUGUUUACUAUGAAGUGUUAGUGUUAUAGUCAUGAUACAAGUUUUACACUAAGAAUCUAGUCGAUUAUUUUAGUUAUUUAUUACCUUUCUAAUAUUAAUUCUAAAUUGUUCACCUCAUAUUCAGUCUUAAGUUAGUUAAUAAAUCGAUAUGGUUCCAAAGUGAUCAUAUUAAAAAUAAUUUGAGCUUUUAAGAGUACAGGCUUUAAAUGAAAGUCACUCUUUUGAGCAUUGCAAGUGACUAAGGCUGUCUGACAAAUGAUAUACUGUAUACGUGUUGGUGCUAAAGUGUUGUCGUUAUCUGCACAGCACACCUAAAUCAAUUGUUGCCAUUGUCUUUGAAUAAAACUGAACAAUUUAAUAAAUUAUAAAUAUAGUUAAGUUAUAAUAGUUUUAAUUAAUAGGGAAUAUCAAUAUUGGUAAACAACCAAACAAAAAUUUUAAUUAUUUAUUUUUUUUAAUUUUAAGUAAGUUGUAUUAUUUUGUUUUUAAUGUAACUUAUUUGCAUGUUGUUAAAAUAAAGUAUUUCUAAUUUUAUAUUUUUUAUACAGAAAUAUGCAUGAGAAACAUGAGUUAUCACUCAAGAUUUAGGCAGCCAGGAUAGUGUUGUAAUUGCUGGGGGCCAACUGUAAGGAGUAAUUAUUAUUAUUGUAUAUGUUAUUUAAUGUACGAUCUCAUUGUUAUUAUUUGCACAAUGUAAAAUAUUAUAUCAAAUUUUGUAUAUAAUUUUCUUAACUGGAAUAAUGUAAAGUCUUGGAAGUUGUUUAUUAUUUAAUUUUUUUUUAGUUGCCAUGUAUAAUUUUGUACAAAAUAAACAAAAUUUAUAAUAAUUUUACCUAUUGUAUGUAGAGUGUCGUGCAAGUAGUCUUGUGGAAGCAUAUUCUUGAGUUAAAAAUAAUUGUAUGCCCAAUGCAUUCACUGUCAUAGGUUUAGUUUGAUAUUUAAAAUACAGGACUUUUUAGAUAA